AUGGAUACCAGAAUUAGUCGUGCUAUUAAGGCUAGCAACGAGCUCAUAACAAAUUUGCAUCGUGAUGGGUUAGAUCGUGGGUGCAUCGCGACAUUUAAUGAUUCUUUAGUGAUUAGACAGAGCUUUACUACUAGUGAAACACUGCUGCACCGUUCUCUCAAUAGCUUAGAAGAUGUCGCUACUGAUGGAACUCGCCUCUACGACAGUAUGAUCGACGUGGCAACAGAUACCUUCCGUCGAAAAGCCGACGCUUCUCGUCCUUGGAUCAUGAUUGUCGUGACUGAUGGAGAAGAUACCCGCAGCAGGAGGACUGCUAAUCAGUGCAGCAAAGAUAUCUAUAGUAAAUUCACCAAUGUGGACAAUAACUUUUUAUUUGUCCUCGGGGUUGGAGAUGGUGUAAAUGGAGAAGAAAUGGAAAAGAUUGCAAGUUCUGGAAAAUUUACUUAUAUUCCUGUCAAAGAUUUUUACCUGCUUGAAUUUGCAUUCCUAACCAUUGCAAUGGAAAUCACCACCUCCAAUGUUCUUUCGAUUAAGCAAUUAUCUGUCAGUAAUGUUUCUGCUACGUGGGCCGAAGUUCAACAACGCAGAGAACUUAGUGACGUUGCCAUCGAUUAUACUUUGCUGAUAGAUGUAUCUGCAUCCAUGACAUUAACAUUACAAGAUCCCUUGCCUCUAUGUUUUGCGGGACAUGAAUUAAAAGAAUCAGGUAUACGUCAAUGGUUUUGUGACGUAUGUGGAAAAAAUGGAACAACAUUGGUAGAUGAUUUAUACUUGUUUUAUUUCAUUGAAUUACAAAAAUUUCAAUCCUCUUUUGACACCAAUUUUAUAUUUUCCUCGCAGAAAUCUAAAUAUUAUUGCAGAACUUGCAGUUUUGAUGCUUGCCCUAGCCACUGCAAGCCCAAUGCUCGAUGUGUACCUGUUAAAAAAUGUGAUAGAAGUCAUUCUAUGCGAUAUGCAUCAUCUUAUGGACCAUGGAAAUGUGAUGAAUGUCAAAAGUUUUAUGAAGGGAAACGCCUAAGAUGUCAACAAUGUGACUAUGAUGUAUGCCCGUCAUGUGUGGCAUUUGAGGGUAUGAUUUUUGACCUGAUAAAGCUGGAUCGUGCUGUGCAUAUUGCUUAUGAAUUCAAAGUGAUGCAAGCCUUUGAGCCUUAUUUCAAAGAAACUGGCAAAAGUAGUUCCAAAGUUGUCGACGAAUCUUUAUCUUUUCAAUUUUGUGAAGCUUCAACACCUUGA